GAUUACCUACCAGUAGUUAAGAUUACAGUAUCAAGUUUAUUCAUAUCAGCAAAGCCCUGACUAUCAAUUUGCAAUGGCCAGCUCAGUAGUUUUGAAUAAGAGAAAUAGUUUUGUUAAGAAAAUCAACUUGCAGAUAUUGGCUGCUGAUGCAUACAUUCUUAGUGUUGCUGAAUCUGGGGCUUUUCACUGGCUCUAUGCCCUACUUAGGAUGGUCAUGUGAGUUAACAGAGCCUGUACCAAUCUUUUUCCAACCAUUUGUCUGCAGGGAAUUGAAUAAUGAUGCUGUUGUUGCAAUGGUUUUUAUUGAGAGCUAUUGGUAACUGAGUCAUCUGACAUCCCAAAAGGGGAACUGAGAAGAAUUUUCCAACAAAUGGUCUCGAGCACGGAUGAGAAACUUGUACUAUGGAGUAUAAAAAAACCUCUGGCGUGUCUGGCGGCAAAAGUGAACAAAGUGAUGGACGACGUCCCCAAAUCUGUAGCGAUUUUACUCCGUCGCCGUGUCUCGGUGCGGGCUGAGAUGAUGAGCUCAAGUGAAGCAGAUGCCCUUCUACAACUUAUAUUUAGCAACACCUUCAUUUUUCAAGAUCACUACAUAAAAAUUAUCAUACUUCUCAGCGCCCUGAAAAUUACCUUCCCGCGUGUAACGACUCUAGUAUCUUACCAAUACUCGCUGUGUUCUGAGGUUCUUGACGCGUGUCUGCCAAUGAUGCCUAAUUUGACCGAAAUUAGGGCGCUGGUUGACGAUAAACUCUCCUCUCUCCGAGUCAUACGUGAUCAAGCUAAGAAUCUAGAAAGACUUUACCUGCCUGCGCUGUGCAGCUCUACUCUGAAGAAUGAUGACUUGAGCCGCCUAUUUUUCAAAGACAAAGCUCUGAAUUUGGUUAAUGAACGCUUCUCUCUUGGUGAAAACUUACCUCUGUCCUUCCCGAAACUCAAGCACCUGGCACUACCUUUCAAGUUCCCCGAAAGCCUUCCACUUUUUAAAAUGUUGCUUCAUCAUUAUAAGGACUGUAACUUUGAGUGGCAUUAUGUUCAAAAUAGUGAUGUGUCAGUGAGUCUCUUUGACUCGGCACUCUGUCCUACUAUUGACCUUAACCAUGACCACGGGCUGAAGCAUUGCGAGUUACGAUACGAAGACCUCAGAUUCCCGUACAUUGAUGACGUCUUUACGAAGUGGGCUAAUUUGCAAAGUCUCCUGCUGGUGAUGAGUAGCUCAAGCGCCACAAUCGAUCACGAACAUGCCAGGUCCAAGUUGACGUCAAUCCUGAAAAAUUGCAGUAAAUUGAAGCUUCUUCAGGUUUGUGUUCUAAGCAGCAAUGUUGAUAGGUGCUUUGAAAAUGCUGUAGUUGUCUUCAGGCAAGGUGGCAUGAAGAUCAAAGAAUUGUGCCUUAUUGAUUCCGGAUCUGGUGUCUCGCAUGAGCGAACAAUAAUGUUCCUCAAUUGCUUUCCAAACAUUACCAAUCUCACGCUUCAUCUCUGUCAUCGGACCUCAUGCAAGUCAACCUUGAAAUUGAAGGGUUUCUCAAAGCUGGUCAAGUUUAAACUAGUCAUUGUUGACCCUCCCAUAACUCCCGAGUAUCUGUUUCCCUUUUUUCCAUUUAUCAUUAAAAUACUUGAGCUGUGUCCAUACCUACAAGACUUGACUCUACCGAUGGGGCAAAUUGUUUUGAGCCACGUCAAGAGUUUACAGUCUAGUUUUCGCCGUUUACGCACUCUAAACUGUCAAGUCUAUUGCAACUUCGUAGACACGAACUUCGUCGUGGAACUCACGCAAUUCAUCAUUGGUUCGUCAAUAGAAGAGCUUUCAUUCAAGCGUCUCACCCACGUUGCUGGACUGCCUUCUGAUUUUGUCGGAAUGGUUGUUGAUGACAUUGAGUUAAUAAAUUCUGAUCAUGUAUCCCAAUACGUGUCCUCAGCCUCAGGGGUGGCGCUGCGAUACCACGACCGAGCCUUUAGGGUUCAGCCGUGGUGAGGUCCCUUCCCGCCAGCGUGCGUCGCCGCGAGGCUUGGUUGCGAUGUUUGAUAAUAUUACUUCGGUGGAUAAUGAACAGUAAGCUAAACGUGAAAAAUUGCGUUAAUUGUGCUUCUGACUGAAGUGUAUUAUAAACGCUAUAAUUGGAGUUAGAAGUUUGAACAUGAUAUCUCCGCCUCUUAACUAUUUAAGACCUAUAAAUUUUCUUUGUCAUUGACAGAAUUCCGGAUGUUAUUCUGCUUUGAAUACUUGCAGAGCCUCCGUAAUUUGUAAAGCAAUUUUUCAUGCAUUUGUGUUUAUGAUGCAUUGCGAGUAAUAGCUUUACACAUAUCGUGUGUAUUUUAACGGCAUAAAACUGUUACAUUGAAUAUCAGAGGAGAAAUAUAAUGUAUAACUUCUGACGUUGAAUUGUUCUUUCUCGUUAUACUACGUUUCGAAUAAACUUCACUAUAAAAUUUAA